ACGCGGAAGUUCUUCUUGUUUUGACUGUCUCGCCAUGGAUUGAGCUCAAAAAUUGCUUUUUGCACUAUAAUAUACGGUUAUAGUCAUCAAGAGGGAGCGCGAUCUUUUCUGAAACAGCAUGACAAUGUUCGGGAAGUCUUCGGGUUAUGAGUAUCAGAGUCUGUCGCAGAGAGAUUCAGUGUAUAAUGACACUCCUGGACUGUUUUCAUCUCAUGCUGCAUUCACUCACAAUAAUUAUGACCAGAGAGGACAUUCGUUUGAUUAUGUGCCUAAAGUCUCUCAGAACGACUUCACAGAUAAAUCUCAAGGAUUGUUGUCCUGGAUUUGCAACUUGAUCGUAACGUUCCUGGUUUUCCUAGUUACCUUCAUAACUUUUCCCAUAUCUGGAUGGUUUGUUCUAAAGGUUGUACCAAACUAUGAGAGGAUCGUUGUUUUUCGUCUGGGCCGGAUCCGUCCUCCUAAAGGUCCUGGAGUGGUUCUGGUUCUGCCCUUGAUUGAUCAGUGGCAGAAAGUUGACCUGCGGACCAGAGCCUUCAGCGUCCCACCAUGCAAGGUCACCACAAAAGACGGUGGUCUGGUGUCGGUUGGAGCGGAUAUCCAGUUCCGGAUCUGGAGUCCGGUGAUGUCCGUGGUGGCGGUGCAGGAUCUGAACGCCUCCACCCGUCUCACCUCGCAGAACGCCAUGAUGCAGGCCCUGAGCAAAAAGACCUUGAGAGAGAUACAGACCGAGAGGAUCAAACUAGGAGAACAUCUCGGGAUGGACAUGAAUGAGAUGACAAAGCCGUGGGGUCUGGAGGUGGACCGUGUGGAGCUGAUUUUGGAGGGGGUGCUCCGGGAACCAGACGGGGGUCACUCGGGGCCUGUCAUUAUGCCCCCAUCUGUCCCUGGGCUGGAAGGACUCACUGGACCCAUACAGCAGCUUGCGAUGCACUUCCUGAGCCAGGCGGCUGCGCCUCAAUCUACUCAAGAUUCAGUGAGUUUCACAGAUGAGCUGUAUUCAACUCCAGCUGUGAGUGUUAGUUCAGUUGAUGGACUGAUGGCUGCGGUUCAGUCAGUGCUGUCAGAGCAGCUGGUUCAACAGGUACAAGCCUGUUACUGCUUUCAGAUCACCACUGACUCUGGACAGACCAGCAGCUACUAUGUGGACCUGAGACAAGGUGCUGGAGCGUGUGGUGCGGGCGUCCCGCCGCGAGAGCCGGAUGUUUCUCUGUGCAUGAGCGAGCAGGAUCUCUUGGCCAUGUUUGAGGGCGGCCUGCGACCAUUUGUGGCCUACAGCAGCGGCAGACUGAGAGUUCAGGGAGAUCUGAACACAGCCAUGAAGCUAGAAACACUCAUCAAACUCCUCAAGACCACAUGAUGUCAUUUAUAAUGUUACAGUUUGCUGUGGUUUUGUUUUAAUUUAAUCAAAGGCCUUUUGUAAAGUAUUUGAGGUUCACACUGUAAAUGUGUAAAAACUUGAAUUAUAUUUUUGAUUAUUUGUGAAUGCAUAGAAUUUCAUUUCCUGCUGUGUCAGUGUUGUUUGUUUAUAAUAGUGUGGAGUGUCACGUGACCCAAGCCUUUCAAUUUCUUCAUGUACACAAUAGAUUGUUUAUUCAAAAUCUGUUUAUGACUGACUUGUCUUGACAUUACAGAAAUAUAUUGUCUAUUAAACGUAUAUUUUAUUAAAGUCCAA